CCGCCCCCUCCGCCCCUUCUCCCCGGCUGCCCGGCCGCCCCUCGGCACCUCCCAGCGCUGGCUCCGCAGGCCGGGGGGACGGCGGGCGACGUCUCGGGCCCAGGCCAGGUCCGGCCCCGGCUCCAUCUUGGGCCGCUGCGCCGGGCACCUGUGGCGGCCGCAGGAGCAGCGCUUCGGGCGGCCCGGGCGGGCGAGAGGGCAGCCAUGAGCACCAACCACCCUGAGGUGGGUGCCCGGGCACCCCGGAGCCCCUGCCCACAGCCCCUGUGCCAGAGCUCGUCCAGCCUGCUGGGUGAAGGCCUGGGGCAGAGGCCAGAGCUCUGCAAGAGUGCCAGCAGCCCUGGAUGGAAGGCCCAGCCAGGCAAGGCCAGCACCUGUCCACCGGGCCCGGAGGAGGAAGGGCACCCAGCUGAGAACACGGAGCAGGCAUGGGCCUCCCACCCCCCCCCACAGCCUGGUGUCGUGGGCCACUGGCACAGCAGCACAGUGGACGCCGUGUCUACCGUGGGCGGUGGCAAUCUGAGUCGCCUGCAGAUCCCCAGUGCUGCUGCCAUGCAGAGGAGCCACUCAGACCUAGUCCGCAGCACCCAGACCUGGGGUCACAGCAGUGCUCAAAAGGCCAGCCUCAUCUGCUCAGCCCUUGGUAGCUCUCCUGUCCACAGGGCUCGGCUGCAGCCUGGCACUACUUCUAGCCAGGAAGGCAGGGCCUCUGCAGGCCGGGAAAGGGACCUGACCCCAGAGGAUGGGACUUCGAACUCAUCUUGGACACAAAGAGAGAGUCAGGUGUGGGUGCCGCCACUGGACCUGGGAGACACAGCCAGCCACAGCAGCAGCUCUCAGGCUGGGCCCAGAGCCCCUGGGCUGCCGGUCACCACCUCCUGCCAUGCUCAGCCCCCAGCAGCUCUCCUCUGCAGCAUGAGGGAGGUGGGGGCUGAUGGCUGCUGCCACUCCCUGCCUGCCCCAGGGAUCCUGACCUUUCCCAAACUAAUGGCAUCAAUGAGUGAGUCCAGGCUGCAGCCUCAGCAUGGGGUGAAAUUCCACUGUCGAUUGUCUGCGGGCCUUCCUGGGCACUCCCUCUGCUGUGCCCAUCCUUGGGGUCCCACUAGGUUAGCCACAGAGCCUGGUGCCAGGACUAAGGAUGUGUGGACUAUGACCUCUGCCGGUGACUUGGUGACCAUGGUGACAUCCCCUCUGUCAGCCCAGGAUGCUGGUGUGCAGGCAGCCCCCAUGGCAGUCUGCAAGGCUGUGUCCACCAGCCCACCCCUGGAAGCCCCUGUGGCUCUGCAUACAUUCCCAGAGGUAACUCUGGGGUCCAGCCUGGAGGAGGCAUCAUCCCCUGUGCGGGACGUGCGAUGGGAUGCUGAGGGCAUGACAUGGGAGGUUUAUGGAGCUGCGGUGGACCCUGAGGUGCUUGGCAUAGCCAUCCAGAAGCACCUGGAGAUGCAGUUUGAGCAGCUGCAGCAGGCACCCACCAGCGAGGAGAGCCUGUCUGCCGAGGGCCGGAGGUGGCCGCUGCGAGCUGUCAUACAGUCCCUGCGGUGCCCCAGCUGCUGCAGUUGUUCCAGUGAAGCCGCUGAGUGAGGAGCUGCAGCCCUUGGUGCUAUCCUGGGCCCAUGUACUUGGCUGCAGGCCAGGGACAGUGGGGAUCCCGUGCUUCUUGGACCCAUCUGCAGCUGUGGACAUCUCUGCUGUCAGAUGCCAGCAGAACACAGGACUGGAGCCUGGGUGCUUCCUGCUUCUCACAGCUGAGCUGGUUUUUAAGGGCUUGAUCCCCAGGAGCCACAUCUCUGCUCAUCUGGGCUCUGAACUUUGGGACAAAGUUUCAGCACUGUUCUUAAGGGAGAUCCUGAUUUUUCUGUAAAAAUACUCAACCUUCUGUUUGGUAUCUUCUCAGAACUCUGCUGAUUUCCCCUAGGACACUUGGUGGCUUUAUUUUAAAGCAACACUGAGAUAUAAUGGAUUUAUGAUGUGAAAGGUGGGCCUCAAGUAACAGGGACAGGUCUUUAGGGAAGGGGACUGACAUUGUUGAAGGCCUCCUUUGUGCCACAUGCUGUGCUCAUCAUCUUACCUUGUUAGUCUUCACCUCUUCACCCCAUUUUACUGGUGAAAUCACAGACCUUUGGCAAGGCUGUGGCUGACAUGCUCCAGGUUGGACAGCUUGAUGUGGUGGCCAAGAUACAAAGCCAAGGCUGGCCAAAACCUGGGGUGUUUCCCUACAGCACAUGGCUGUUCAGUGCAGUGCAGUCAUGAACAAGACAAAUUAUUGAGCCCAUAUUCUCUGUCAGGUUCUGUGGAUUCCUUGGGGAAUGAGACAGAGGCUGCCGGGGCUCUGGCUGAGCUCAUGCUGGGUGGGGCACACACCAGUAUCAGCAUUAUCGACGGGCAUCAGGUGCUCUCAGAACCAGCCUACCUUGCAGCCCUUAGUGUCAGGGACUGGCCUCAGGAUGGGGCCCAUGUAUGUUGCAGUGACUGAAAUUGCACCGUUGUUACUUCGUUCUUUUGGUUUAAAGAUUUAUGCCCAGCUGGUGCUAUUCUUCAAAGGAGGGAAGGCAGGAAUAGACAGGAAAAAGGAAGGAGCCUGGGAUGGGACCUCCCACCUGGUACCAAACGGCCAGAGCUGUGAGGCUGUGGAGAGCAAUGAGGCCUGUGGGCUUAUUUGCCCAGUCCUGCCUACGUGACCUAACGUGGGCCAGGUGGUGGGGGUCGGGACCAUGGGGGUCAGGCAGCCCAGGAUACUGGGCUGAUUUCAUUGCCCAAAGAUCUCUCAAGAUUUGUGGAGGAUGGGAACAGCCUAUGUCCUUGUUCUAGGGCUUUCUGUUGAAGAUUCUAAGCUCCUGGGACAAAAUCUGCCAGCCCACCUUUGUGAGGGGGCUAUAAGGUUAGUGUCCUGCCAGGGUGACCCAGCAUGGGAGGGACUCAGGGCCCCUAUGCAGCUAUGCUCACAACCUGGCCCUGUUCCUGGUACCUUGUCUGCACCUAGGAGUCCAGGACCUGACAGCUGGCUUACCUUUCCCUGCCCCCACGGACCCAGUAUUCAUUGAGGUGGAAAUGACUCAUGCAACAAUGGGAUAAUUUUUAAAGCAGAAGAGGCAUUCUAAUAGGCCCAAGGAACCAAGUGGGAAAGGCAUGUUACAGAUCAGAAUGCCUCCCAGGCCCCAGGAUGGCAUUUUCUUACCCAAAAAUGUGCAUUUCUUUUCCUGCUCCUUGCAAGGCCAGGUAAAAUGCCUCCCCUGCUUAAAAAUGACACUGAAUCAGAACUGCUUCUGAGGGUGGGGCUGGGCAGUGGGGGUUGAUAUAGUGGGCAGGACAGGACUUGGCCUUGUUCCCCUUUUAAAAUGUGAUCAAGCAGGUUUUCAUACAGUUGUGGGGCGCUGGGCACCAUGCAGCCUGUGUCCUGUCUGUCCCUCUGUGUGUGGCACAGGGCAGACAUUGCAUUCUGGGGAGUGACACCUGGGUACCAGGUUGUAUACUUGGCCCUGCACAGGAGCUCCAGCUGUGGGGACCUGAGUGGAGGAGUGGUGAAAGUGGGGCUAGCCCCUUCACACAGGGCCACAGCUGAGCAAGGUCUUGAAGACACAGUGGGGCUGGAUAGGUGGGCAGAAAGAACAGCCUGCUCAAAGGCUUGGAGGUGUGUGCUGUGCCCUUCACCAGCCUGCCACGAGUCACCAUGGUAUGGGCUUUGUUGGGGUGCUUGGGCUGGGAGGCUGGCAAGGGAGUUCCCAUUUUGAGGAUCUUGGUAUGACUGAGGAAAAGGAGUUAAGGGGAGCAGCAGAAGGGGUGGGUUGGGGUCAGAUUUCAUUUUAGGAAUAUUCCUUUGGCUACUGUUGGAGAGAUUAGUGUGGAAAAUGUGGGAGGCAGGAGCUCAGGGGGAUGUGGGUUGGGGAGCCACAGAAGCGUCAGAGGGAAGUAGAGUGGGUAGUGGGGGGCUGGGCACACACACUCACACGCACAGUUGUGUGGCGGAUUCAGAAAAGAGUAAUUCCAGGAGACUGAGGUUUCCAGUUUGUGCAAAAGGAGAGGAGGCCACCACCCUGGACAAGGGGAGGCAGGAAGCAGGUUCAGGAGAGGUGGGUGAGGGACCAUGUGUCACAGGGUCUGGCUGGGUCCAGUGAUACCCUUCAUGAAGAGACUUUCUCCUCUGUCAUACACAAAUUGUCAUGAGUUCAUUCUCUGGCUCAUGUGUACCAGUCUGUGUCACCUCCAAGCUGCAGCUGGAGUGCCAGGGUGGCAGGCUGGGCUGGGCCCUGAAUGGGCAGGGCUAGCCGAGCUGCCCACCCAGCUCACUGUGACACUUCUGUUUGCAGGGUGGGGCUGGAGUUCAGCCUGGUCUGUGUGUGGCUCUGGGGCUGUGCAUGGCUGGGCCCCCAGCACACCCUCCUGGUUAAGCUGGCUGCCCCGAGAUGGCAUGAACUGUGCCCUUGGCCCCACUAGUCAGGCUGCACAGCCUGGGCUGAUGGUCUCCCUGGAGAGAAUGCAAUUUAAUUUCUGAAUUCACCUAGAGACUGAGCCUCUCACCAUUCCUUGCUGUGGUCUCUUCCUGGCCAGGCCUGACCACCAGCGGUUUAAGGUCCCAGGACAUGGCCUCCAGCUUGGUUUACAGAUCUCCUCCCCUCAGAUUCCAGAUUUCUGACCAGAGUUCCCUGGGCCCCUUCAGGCCCUAUUCUUGGAUGUGGUUGAUUUCACUGUUUAUUUUGUUUUGAAUUCAAAAUAGACUAAGGAGGCCAGAGCCUUGCCAGGGAAGGUGGUUGAUCUGGCUGAUCUUGUUGGUUUUGUCCUGGUAGAUUCUGUCCUUUUCCAGAAUCCACCCUAGAUUCCUAGAGCUCCAUGCCCAGGCAGGAAUUCCCCCCUCUCUGCCAGUGACUCCUCCCUUCUGGUCACUGGCUCUCUUUCCUGGCAGCCUUCCUGGCCCCCACCAGUUGAAGCCUGGUUUCCUGGAGACUGCCACCUCUGGGCCUGGCUGGGACUCAGUGCACAUUCUUGUCCAAGCUCCAGGCACCACCACCCUCACAGGGAAUCACCAGUCCAUCCUGGGGAAGAAGCAGUUCCUGCCAGAGAGUAGGCUACUGCUGGCCUGAGGUCACCAUGCAGGGGAGGGUGGAAAAGCAGAGAAUGGCCCUGCCACUGUGAUGUCAACUCCUGUGCCAGCUGGAUUGAGUCUCUGUCCCCUAGAAGAGCUGGAUUCUUAUUUCACAAGGGCCAUUGAGUCCUUCCCAGUGUAGGUCCUGACACUUAGGACAUUGUUGGAGGCACCAUAGCUUAGUAGUCUAAAACUAGAGUUUGAAUCCUGAAUCUUCUAUAGCUGUGAGAUCUUGGUCAUGUUACUAACGUCGCUGAUCCUCAACUUCCUCAGCUGUAUGCGAGGGUCAUGAAGGUGAGGAGCAGGAUGCUCACCGCAGGUGGUCUGUAGCACCUUCUUCAUUAAGCCUUUCCCAGGUCUGCUUUGAAGCUGGAUAGAGGUCUCCCUGAUGGAUUGGGAGAACAUGGGGUUAGUUCUGUUGUGGUGUUUACAUAGGGAUAAUAAACCAGA